AUGGCGCAAACCCAACAUUCCACCAACGUUGGGUCACCAGCGAAACGGCAACUUCCAACAUACUUCUACAGCUACAAUUCUCGACGUGUAGCUUGGUCUACAUCCAUUUUUAUUACAGCGAUGAACAAAUUCGAGGAAAUAGUCGAAGGAUCUGAGCCAGAAGCAGCAACCCAACAAGCGUUUACCAAACGCAGAGAUCCGGCAGACGAUGAUCUUGGAUACUUCGUCGCCCCGAAAGACCCGGAUAAUAGAGAUGAGACCGACAAAAUAGAAGAGUUCCUUCAACAGCUUACUGGCGUCACCGUAUUUCCUACCACGAUAUACAGAGGUGUCUUUCAGUUCUGGAUGGUCUAUAACAUGACAGCCGCACAGGUUGAGGAGGUCAGGAAGUAUCCUGGUAUUGGAUCCGUAGAUCAGGACAUCGCAUACAAGCCGUCCAAAAAUCUAAUGCAAUUCUGA